AUGGAUGGGCCAUCGACGCCGGUCAUCAAAUUUCCACCGGUCUCGACGACUGACCCCAAAGUUCCUGAAGCCAGUACCUUGCAUACCGAGCUGCCACUUCGGAUGACAUCUACAGAUCCGAGUUCGUCUUCAGCUGGACAAUACUUCUCGACGUCAAGCCACUACAGCACGGGGCGCCAUCUCUCCAAUCAGAUGGAAACUCAUCAGCCUGGUCAGCACUAUUACUUCGACAACACAACGCAGGUUAAACAUGAUGGGCAAUGCAACUCUGCAAGUACGACAUUCGAUCAAGCCAGGCACAUGUCACCUUAUGGUGACAGUGGUGCACAUGGCCACAUGUGCCAUCAGACAUUUACAGAUUUCAGGGAAGACAUUGCCCGUAACAGUCACGUCAUUGCGGAUGAGACUACCUCUGCCGACUGGUGCUGGGGAUUCGAGAAACAAAGUCUUCAUAUGAUGCAGUAUCCUGAAUCUUCACACUGGGGCUCGUCGUAUACCGCGAAUCAUUAUCCCAAGUACUCUCACGGGGUCGCUCAGCAUGAUAGCACCAAUACAGGCAGUUCGUUUAUCCAAGUAGGACAGACUGGAACAAGAGCUUCCCACAGCAACUCGAGAAUCGUUCAUCAAGCACCCCGCUACGACCAGACACAGACCUGGCCCAUGGGCACAGCGAUAUCACCAAGUAGGGAGUUUUCUUUGGGAUACUCUGAAUUCGCACUUCAGCAACAGCGACUGGUACCGUUCGUACAACCACGUCGAGGGAGACUAUCAGCCGAGGAGAGACGCCAAAACCAUAUUCGGCAGGAACAGAGGCGCAGAGCGUUGGUCAAAGAUGGAUUUUAUCACCUCACUGUUCUGGUCCCCGGUUUGAAACGGCGAGAUCUCAGCAAAUCUGCGCUGUUGGAAAGGGCCGCAGAAUGGUUAGAGGGUUUGAUUCAAGCGAAUAAGGCAUUACGAGAACGUCUGCGUCUUUUGGAGACGCUAAACAGACGACAACGCUACUUUUGA